AUGGUGUCGCACUACCGACAAGAGCUCAUUCGCCGGCGCAACUAUGCGCUCAAGCUGCCGUUCACGGGCCUCGACGAUGAAGAGCCUCUGGACCUCUUUGGCGAGAGUUACUCGGAAGAGCGGCUCAUGGACCCAUUCAACUUGAGCUUCCGCAACCUCGACGUCGAGGAGUGCUUUUGCCGCAUGUGGUACCUCAUCGACCCGCACCCGUACGAGAACCCGAACCGCGGUGACAUCCACGAGAACGUCUACAUGACGAUCCGGUUCGCCGUCCUCGGCGUCUUCCUCUCGCAAGUCGUGCUCGGCAUCCAGGACAUCAAGCUCCUCUUCAUGAAGGACUUCAAGUUUGAGUACGGCAUGGCGGCGAUCAUCCGCUUUGCGAUCGUCGUGCCGCUGUACCUGGCCAGCUUUUACUUUAUGUACAUCCUCGGCCGCAAGUACUUUGAAAUGUACCUGCGCAAGUCGGCGGCGGAAGCCGAGACGUUUGAGUUUGCGAUCGACAUCAACGAGAACGAGGCGCCGACGUCGGACGACAGCUUUAAGGGCUUCAAGUACGCGUCGACGCGCAUGAAGAAGAAGCCGACGACGCUCACCAAGAACAAGAGCAUCAAGGAGAAGAUCGAGGGCCAGAAGGAGCGCUGGGUCGACACAAAGGGCGGCUACGUGCGUACGGCGCAGAUCUUCCUCACGAUCAUCAUCUCGCUGCACGUGAUCUUGAUGAUGAUCCUCCUGCUCCAGGUACAUACUUAUUUUCGACUCGCAUUCUUCAUCUACACGCACUCGAGCAAGCAGAAGAACGCGGCCAAGCCCAACGUCUACUUCAUGGGCUUCCUCAACGCGCUCCUCUCGGUGCACCGGUCGGGCUUCAAGAUCCGGUUCGUCUACUCGUCGCGCGUCUCGUGGGCGAUGGUGAUCCUCUUCAUCUUCUUCGCUUCGCACAACUUGCAUUUCGACCCGUGGGAGUAUCUCUGGGCCGAGUACUCGUGCUACCUCGUCGCGAUCCAGUUCCUCGGCAUGAUGAUCUCGCACGAGGAAGAGUCGCUGCGUCGGUCCUUUUUCGUCCUCAAGUCGAUGCGCAUGCUCGAGUUUGAAAAGUGGUUUGCCGGCGUCCUCCGCAUCCAAAAGGGCGUCCGCAAGUUCCUCGCGCGCCACCGCGAGCGCCAGAUCGCCAAGGGCGAGGUGCCGACGACCAAGGCCGUCUCCAAGCCGCCGGCACCCAAGGUGGCCCACGCCCAAAGCUUCCUCGCGAUGGCCUCCAAGAUGGGCGUCCAGGCCCAAGCGAUCCAGAUCGCUGUCGUCCUCUUCGACGUCAUUUGGUCGGCCGCCAACCCGUAG